GCGACGGCGACUGCAACUGCAACAGCAAGCAACGUCGACUUGAGACAGCAGCAUGGCCGGUGAAGUCCCCUUUAACCAGCAGGGCGCCUGGGUGUCGCCCGCGCUGCCCGGCCCGACCGUCGGCGGCGGCGGCGUCGCCACCGUCGUCUUCUCAACGCAGAUCGCCGCCUCGCCCGCGCGCUGCCUCGAGGUCGGCCUCGAUUCGGCGCGCUACCCAGCCUGGAACAAGUUCAUCCGCAAUGCCAUCAUUGAGGAAUCGGCCAACCCGGCCGUUGUCGACACCCUCGAUGUGUCCCUCAAGUUUCUCGGCGAAGGCGGGGGCAACUGGCUACAAAACGCUGAGCGCACGCAGGACUUCAUCGAGUCCGCCGAUGGCACGGGGACGGACUACUUCAACAAGGAGACCUUCUCCGGGCCUCUUUCGUACUUGAUCAAGCCGUUCGUCGGGACCAAGCUGAUCAAUGCCUUGGAACUGUGGAAGGACGGACUCAAGGCUGAGGCGGAGAAGAACACAUGAUUGAUCUGCGCCAUGGCGGCUGGCAGAGGACUUUCGGAACAGGUAAUACAGCAAGAUCGGAUGCCUGGAAAAUAUUGGAGCUGAAGCUCGGCAGCCGCUCACUGGCGCGCACCGAGCCGAAAGAACGAGACCAUCGUUCCCUAGCACAUAUGCUAGACAGACCUCACC